AUGUCUUCUCAAGUCAAAACCAGUGGCUCGUCCAUCGGCGAUUCCGCCACCAUCACCAGAAAGGGCAAUGUCUCCGGCUUUUCCAAACCAAAGGAAAACAGCGCUAUCGAUGCCUUUGGCAAGACAUUCAAUGCGCCAAUGUACACCAUCAAGGACAUUUUGUCCGCGAUCCCGGCACACAGUUACGAGAGACGUCUCACCACCUCUUUCUACUAUGUAUUCCGUGACAUUGCUAUGAUGGCCACUAUGGGUUAUGUCGCCAACACCUACAUUGCGGUUUUGCCAUUCGCUGCGUUGAGAUUUGCGGCCUGGUUUGCCUACGUGUUUGUCCAGGGGUUGAUUGGGACCGGGGUCUGGGUUUUGGCCCAUGAGUGUGGCCACCAGGCCUUCUCCGAUUACGGCUUGGUCAAUGACACCGUUGGUUGGAUCUUGCACUCAUACCUUAUGGUGCCAUACUUCUCCUGGAAGUACUCCCACGGGAAACACCACAAGGCUACCGGCCACUUGACCAGAGAUAUGGUGUUUGUUCCAUACACCAAGGAGCAGUACCUCAAGAAGCACAACGUGACCUCCGCCAUGGACUUGGUCGAGGAAGCCCCAGCCGUUGCCUUGUGGAGUCUCUUCUUGCAGCAGUUCGGUGGCUGGUGGGCGCACCUUUUGUCCAACGUCUCCGGUCAGCCGUUCCCAGACACCCCGGCCUACGCCAAGUCGCACUUCUGGCCAUCCUCUAAGAUCUUCGACAAGCGUGAUUACUGGUUCAUUGUCUUGAGUGAUGUUGGUAUCGCCUCUAUGCUUUUUGUCCUCUACAAGUGGUAUCAGAACUUUGGGCUUUUCAACGUUGCCGUCAACUGGUUCCUCCCAUACUUGUGGGUCAACCACUGGUUGGUUUUCAUUACCUACUUGCAGCACUCUGACCCUAAGAUGCCUCACUACGAGGCCGAGCAGUGGAACUUUGCUCGUGGUGCCGCUGCCACCAUCGACCGUGAGUUUGGUUUUAUCGGUAAGCACCUCUUCCACGACAUCAUCGAGACCCACGUCUUGCACCACUACGUGUCAAGAAUUCCGUUCUACAACGCCAGAGAAGCGACCGUUGAGAUCAAGAAGGUCAUGGGUGAGCACUACAUGUACUCUGACGAGAACAUGUUUGUCGCGUUGUGGAACUCUAAGAGAUGGUGCCAGUUUGUGGAGGGUGACAAUGGGAUUAUGAUGUUUAGAAACUCCAACGGGUUGGGUGUUGCUCCGAAAUAG